AUGGCGGAAGACUCGGAGCACCUGGAUGUCAGUGCAGGACAUGCAUUUCAAAUAGACUGCCACUAUUUUAAAGGAAAUGAAGUAGUACCUGAGGAAUUGAGUCGAGGGCAGAACCAGAGCUUGGAUGGGGGAAUAAUGGUUAUGAAUCAAUCUCUGUGGUUCCUCCCAGCACAGGAGUCGCACAGCGGGAACUACUCCUGUUCUUUCAGGUAUAAGAACAUCAACAAAACGAGCAACAAAACGUUUUCCAUUUCUGUGGCCAAGCACAAGUGCCCUAAAACAACCCCCACAAACGUUUUUCUAUUUAAAGGGAUUCCAUUUCUUAAUUGUGAUAAAGACCACUUGUCUAAAAUCAGGCAGUUGGAAAACGUUUCUGAUGUCACCUGGAGCAUAAAUAAGAACUGCAGCACUUUUAUGGGGCCCCAGGAUUCUUGCAUUUUUCGAUUCAGUACCACUUCUAAGAUUGAAGAAGGAUUGUACACAUGCUUAAUGAACUUCACUCGUUAUGGAAAUGCAUAUACUGCUGCCCUGACAAGGAACGUCAUCAUCACUAAUCAUCCAUCUACAAAUCUGCAGAAGCCUAGAGUGGUAAAACCAUAUGGUUUGGAAACUCAUACUGUUGAAAUUGGUUCAAUCUACGAGUUAAACUGCAAAGCAUUAAUGGGGACUUCUAGUAAGGAUGAUUUAGAACAUCCCUUACCUUACUGGCUGUCCCUUAACCCCUUCGUUAGAGGCUGGAUAUCACACACAGAGAGUCACACGCUGAUCUCCAUGCUCCUCUACUUCUGUUCAGGUGUCGCCAAACAGUUUCAGUGGAAGACAGGUCUGGACUGCAGACAAUCUAACACCUGCACUCUCUUUCUCUGUGUUUUGGAAGACAACAUGGUGUAUUGUCAUUCUAAUCUUACCAUCGAAGUUAAGCCAGAAUUCCUAAACAUUCCAUUCAGAUGUAUUGUCCUCACUCCUUUAGGUUCUGACAAUGGCACAAUAAUACUUAAACCAGCCAGUCAGAAAGAUCUGCAUUGUGCCUUGGCACUAGUCACUGCUUUCACUCUGGUGGUGCUGGGUUUGCUGAUGUUUUAUUGUUUUAAGGUGGACCUGGUGCUGGCUUACAGGAAUUACAGCCCUUGUGUGAAAAUACAGAGUGAUGGAAAAGUGUAUGAUGCCUAUGUGAGCUACCUCCAUGGUCAAGAUAAGAGUGUAUCACCUGCAUCAACUUUUGCCCUACAAGUUCUUCCUGAGGUGCUAGAGAAUCAACUUGGCUACAAAAUGUUCAUUAGUGGUCGGGAUGAACUACCAGGAGCAGCGGUUCAUGAUGUCAUCUCCGAGGCGGUUGGCAAAAGUCGUCGGCUAAUCAUCGUUCUUCCAUCCCAGGCCUUUACGACGUCUACAGAUAACACGUUUGUGGAACUUGUACCAGAAAUUCCAUCUGAGCAGUUAAGCAUGAAUAAUAACAUCAUGAUUGAUUCUACUGAAAACUCAGCUUUAAAUUGGGGCCCGUAUGAGUGCUGGGUGGGCCUGUUUGAUGCACUGGUAAAGGGGGGUCUGAAAGUCAUUCUGGUCCAGGUGGGAGGGGAAAUAGAUGAGAGUCUGCUUCCAGGUUCAUUGCGCUACAUUAAGAAAACUCAGGGGAUACUUAAGUGGAAGCAGCAUUAUACCUCCAAGCCAAAUAGAAAAUUCUGGAAACAAGUGUGUUACAGAAUGCCACCAGUGCCCAGGGCCAGAACGGCAGUUGUGGUCUAA